UUAUAGUUACCAUUUUUCAACGAAACAUUUCCCACAAAGAACACUCUAGCAAGAAAAAAGAUAUUUGCAGUGACGUUAACACAAGCAAUAGCCAGUAGCAAGUAAGAAGAGUAACAUCACAAUGUUGAUAACAGCAAAACCCACUCAAUUUCAACUACGGUUACCAUUCCCACCAUCAACUAAACGAACAACCUUCAACCCUAGAAGAACCAUCAUUCUCAACAACAACAACGAAGAUACCAGCAACAACAACACCGCAUCUUCUUACCCACCGAUGCGUAUAAAGAAGAACCUCCAUCGUAAACUCUACCCCGGAGAAACCAUCGGAAUCACCGAAGAGAUGAGGUUCAUCGCCAUGCGCCUUCGAAACGACACCGUUUUCACUCCCGAAACUACUUCUACUGUACAAGACGAUAAAGACCGAGUUCCUGACAUGUGGCAUCCUUCCAUGGAAGGCUUUAUCCGAUUCUUGGUUGAUAAUCAACUCCUUUUCGCCACGCUCGAACGCAUUGUUGAUGAUUCCGAUAACGUUUCCGUUGUCUACUUUAGAAAAACUAGAUUGGAAAGAUCAGAAGGGAUUAAGAAGGAUCUAGAAUGGUUGAAGGAAGAUGGUGCUGAGAUUCCCAAUCCAAGUUCUCCUGGGAUAACAUAUGCAAAAUAUUUGGAGGAACUUGCGGAAAGAAGCACGCCUUUGUUUCUCUCCCAUUUCUACAAUAUCCAUUUUUCUCAUAUAUCUGCUGGCCAGGUUAUUACAAAGCAGGUUUCUGAAAAACUCCUGGAAGGUAAGGAGCUGGAGUUCUGCAAAUGGGAAGGAGAUGUACAGGAAUUGCUGAAAGAUGUACGAGAGAAGCUUAACGUGCUUUCAGAGCAUUGGCCUCGAGAUGUAAAAAAGAAAUGUUUAGCAGAAACAAGAAAGUCAUUCCGGUUUUUGGAGCAGAUUGUUCGUUUGAUCAUCUUGUGAAGAUGCUGGUUGGUUCUCAGUUUUUUUGUUCGUAGGACUGACUUUUUUUUAUGGUAAGCCUUCUAAAAACAUAUUCUUCCUUUAACUUUUAAACUCAGUGGUUUUGAGUGAUAGAGGAUCAGGAACGGUCAUCUCAAAUGUCUGAUGUAUACUAUGAUAAUUUAUUAUUCUAUUCUUAAGCAACAUAUACAAGUGAUAUUUUAUGCUUCACUAUAUGCUGCUGAAAAGUGGUCAAGGGUCGAGGCAUGUCGUGAUGUAGGAUAGUGGGCAGUUUGUGGGCGUUAACUGUAGCUUGGCAACCGUUUUUGUUACAGCAAAUAUUGAUGUUGCGGCAUCUCACUUUUUCCAGCAAUUUCAAUGUUUUCCCCAAAGUUUCCAGGACCUGGUUACAUCUCUUAUAGAUUUUUCGAUCCUUAUUGAUAUAGACUUUAAUGGUUAAGCCAGGGUAUAGGAAUGCUGUAAUUUGAAGGCUUUUGAGUAUGUAAAAUCACUGGAGCCAUUAGUUGCUGUCAUAUGGAUCCCCUCUAUUUGUAUUUCUUAACUGUCACUCUUUAUUAUCACAUGCAUACUCCAUUUUUUGGGUUUGA